AUGAAGAAAACAUCCAAAAAUGAGGUGAAAGACGACCUCACCUCUUUGGAACGGUCUGCUUCCGGGCAGACAGGUGAAUCUAGUGAGUUGGAUUUGGUUACGCAGAAUUCAAAACUUCUGCAGCUUGUGGACAAACAAAGAACGAUGAUUUAUGAACUCUAUCGAGAGCUGGAACGUGUGAAUGAAGAAAACCGGCGAUUGACAUAUAAACUGCACGAUAAAGAACGUGAAACUGCAAUCAGCUUGAAAAGUACGAGAGACGAGAUUUCUGAGUUAACUCAGGCUGUAAAAGAGUCAUUUAACGACUUUGAGUAUCCAAUGAACGACACUGCAUCUAUUGCAGAAUCGACAACUUCGUCCAAAUACUUGAAUAUUGCACCCUUGAAUCUCAAUAAAGGAGCGAGUCAGAAACAAUUGUCUUCCUCCAACACAGUUAAUCAUACAACCAAGACUGAGAAAUCACAUGAACGUUUGAAGAAGCAUGCUUCUGCAGUAUGGAAUUUAGACUCGCUGCCAUCGCCUACGAAAGCUGAAUUUUCUAUACCGGCCCUCUUUCCUCCUUCGCAUACUUCUCAAGCUUCUCAUAGCGAUUAUCCCGAUGCACUGUUGCCCGACAUAGAGCUUACCUCCUCACAUCCCUUACGGAAAACGAAUUCUGCUCCUCGAACUGCUCAAAAGAAGUUUGACCCGUUAAAUCCCCUGACACAUUAUGCUUCUGAACUCAGUAUCUCCUCUGCACCGGAACUCAAUCCAGAACCUAUUGCCGUCCCUAUCCCCGCGGUAAAGGUCCCUCCCAUGAUUACCGGAGGGGAAGAUACUCAUUUGCCUGUUCCAGAUGUCCAUGCUGAAAAGGUCCCUGAUGGUCCUACUUCGUCGCUUCACAAUGUGCAAUCCGAUACCGUUCUCGUGGCUCAUCCUACAGCGAGCGCUACACAUACUGCCAAGAAUUCAAAGGACAGUAUUACAGUAUCAGAAACAGAGUUUUGUUUUACUCGCAGACGCAGCAGAUCUAACACCAACCGUUCAUGGACCAUUAUUCCUCCGUCAUCACCUAACCUCCCGGAUGUUGUUGAGGUGGAUUCGGCGAAUAACUUAAAGAGUGAUGCGAAGAGCGAUGCUAAGAGCGAUGCUAAGAGUGAAGCCAAGAGUGAAGCUAAGGGUGAUGUCAAGAGCAAGUUGGACCCGAGCCAGGCCAAUCCAUACUCCGUUCCUAAUUUCCCUGCCCCCAGUGCGAAUAGUCGUUCUGUUUCGCCUGCUCGAAAGCCGGCAGAGGGAGAUCAGUUUUCGUUUAGCAGUGGUGGUCACUCUACUAUUCAAGCACCGGGUGCUGAGUUUUAUGCAGAAAUACCCAGACCUCCUGAAGUACCUGGACCGCUUGCUUUCCAUCCAAGUGACCAGAUGAUAGAGAAUUUUUUGUACGACCUCAUUGAGACAACGGUGGACACUACUGAGGGUUCCUUUUACGAGGUGAUUGUCCAUUUUUCCGUCAGCGUUAAGCUGAAUGCGACACAUUUUCCCAACUGGCGUGAUGAAAUUUGGACCUUUUCACGUACUAUGCGUGAUUGUCAUGAUUUCCAGUUGUCUAUUGAACUUGAUUUUGGUGCACCGCCAUUCCCAACACCUGAAUGGUUUACUGGUGAAUCAUCCUUUUUGCAAUCGGAAUUGCUGCAGCGCUCAGUGGAAACUUACUUCCGCUAUUUAUUCCAGGCGGAAUUGACACUGCAUCAGCGUUAUUCUUUAUUCCGAUUUUUUGCCCGUGAUAUGCAAAGACAACUUUUGCAGAAUGUAUUCUACUUACCUCCUACAGACGCGGAGAAGCAGGGCUACCUUUCCAAGUACGUAGUCAGUGUGGGAUUGGUUUCCCGUUAUUUUUAUUUAAAGAACAGGGUUCUUUCUUUCGCCGAAAAGGAAGAAAGCCAGGUUCUAGGAACAAUUAACCUUGAGGAUGCUCAGGUGAACUGUUAUGAUGUGAAUUUGCCUAUAUUUUCCAUUAUUGAUCCACCACACGCUUUCUUUACUGGUGAAAAUUAUCAGUAUGCAUUUGUCAUUCAGGAGGUUCAAAGUGUUUUGCGUCAAGGAGCCGACACCAUUCAUGUUUUGAUUGCAUCGAGUAUUAAGGAGCGUGAUGAGUGGUUGUUUUUGCUUCGCCGUGGGCAACAGACCAACUCUACUGUUUCGCGUGUCACUUCAACAACUGAUCUUACGAAGGCCUCUGCGCAACAGUCUAAAUUUGUACCUCAUCGCUCUGCAUCAACAGAACCAUUGGAGCAACAUGCUCGUACGCAAUCUCAUAACGUCACCUCCAAAAACGACACACCUCUGGUCGCUUUGGGUUACGAUGAUAUGGCCUGGCAUUCGCCGCCAAAACAAGCUCAUCAGGUCGGGCCUGUUACUCAUCGUCAGUACGCUGCGUCGGAGCACUUGACAGACGACUUCUCAAGCAUGACAGUACAAAGCCCGGUUUCCACACAGACGGCACCAUUGGAUGAUAAGAAGCACCGUAAGAAGUUCUGGAUGUUCAACCAUCGCAGAAGUCCAACACAAGAAAAGGAUAAGGCCGACAGGGCUCAAGACCCACGCCAAAGUUUUGUUGCUGGCCCUCAAUUUUCCUCUAUAUCAACAGAUUCCAGUGGAAUGCAUUCUCCCGCCAUGCCAACGACGAGCCCUCCAAUGCCACCUUCCAAUGUUUCUCGGAACAUUUUCGGAUUACCCCUUGCCGAAGCCGUAGCUCUUUCUGCCGAAUAUAACCAGAGCAAGCUUCCUAUUGUGGUGUAUCGCUGCAUCGAAUAUCUUGAAGCAAAACGGGCCGAAAAAGAGGAGGGCAUUUACCGUCUCAGUGGUUCAAAUUCUACUAUCAAGAAUCUCCGAGAGGCCUUUUCUUAUGGCGAUUUUGAUAUCGUUUCCUCCAAGGAAUAUUACGAUAUACAUGCGGUAGCAGGCUUAUUGAAAUUGUAUUUGCGGAACCUUCCCACCAACCUUUUGGGUCAUGAACUUCAUGGCAAGUUUGGAGUCGUGUCAGAGAUGACUGUUGUGGACGAACAAGUUGCUUGUCUGCGUGAUAUUAUUUCUCGUUUGCCUGAAGAGAACUUUAUUUUACUUGACGCACUCUUGCAUCACUUGAACCGUAUCGUUAAGUAUGAGCGUAUCAACAAGAUGAGCGUUCGGAACGUUAGCAUCGUGUUUUCUCCCACUUUGAACAUACCCUCUGAGAUCUUCUCAGUUUUGGUUACUCAUUACAACGAUAUAUUUGAUUCUCUCACUUCACUUCAAGCACAAUCCGCGCAUGAUGUACAAUAAUGUUGUUUACGCCCCCCAUUGGUCCCCAAUGUUUCCGCUUUCCCUGAUAUAUGGUAAAAAUCUGCCUAAUUGCUUGCCAACAAGCCAUGUCUCUCUUUCAUUUAUUAAGCCGACAAUUUCCUGAUUCAAUGUCAUUAAUUAACCUGCAGGCUUUGCAACGUCGUAGCGCAUACAACUUGUGCAAUGAUGAAA